AUGACAUCUUUAACUUCCGCUAAACUAUGCUUCCUGCCUUAUUGCCUUGUCAUCUUCUUGUAUGUUUCAUCACCAAAUUGGGUUGCUUUUCCUUCUGCUACUUCUACUUCUCAUACUGAAGCAAGGGCUCUUCUCAAAUGGAAAGCCAGCUUAUUUCCAAAUCAAGCCCUCAAUCAUCUCACCUGGUACCCUCCCUCUCAUAAUAUUAAUGCCACCAAUUCUUCCAGCAGCAAUCCAAAACCAAAAACAAGCCCAUGCACUUGGACUGGUGUUUCAUGCAACUCAGCUGGAAGUGUCUGCACGAUAAACCUUUCCACUUGUGGUAUUCAAGGUACGCUACAUGAGUUUUCAUUCUUGUCCUUCCCUAAUCUUGAAUAUCUUAACCUCAGCUUGAACAAACUCUUUCAUGCCAUCCCACCUCAAAUCAGCAACCUCUCCAAACUCCACCAUCUUGAUCUCUCCCAAAAUCAGUUUUCUAGUUUAAUUCCCAAGGAGAUAGGGAACUUGAAAUCUCUUGUAUAUCUAGGAUUGUCCGACAACAAUUUAAGCGGUCUCAUCCCUCCAUAUAUUGGCAACUUAAUAAAGCUAAAUACUAUGUACUUGUAUGACAAUAAGCUUUCUGGUUUGAUUCCCAAGGACAUAGGGAACUUGAAAUCUCUAGUAAAUCUAGAUUUUUCAGGCAACAAUUUAAGUGGUCUCAUCCCUCCAAAUAUUGGUAACUUAACAAACCUAAACACUUUGUACUUGCAUUCCAAUCAACUUUCUGGUUUGAUUCCCAAGGAGAUAGGGAACUUGAAAUCUCUUGUAGAUCUAGGGUUGUCCUACAACAAUUUAAGUGGUAUCAUCCCUCCAAAUAUUGGUAACUUAAUAAACCUAAAAUUUUUGUACUUGGGUAAAAAUCAACUUUCUGGUUUGAUUCCCAAAGAGAUAUGGAACUUGAAAUCUCUUGUAAUUCUAGAUUUGUCCUACAACAAUUUAAGUGGUUUCAUCCCUCCAAAUAUUGGUAACUUAAUAAACCUAAACACUUUGUACUUGGGUUCCAAUCAACUUUCUGGUUUGAUUCCCAAGGAGAUUUGGAACUUGAAAUCUCUUGUAAAUCUAGCGUUGUCCAAUAACAAUUUAAGUGGUGUCAUCCCUCCAAAUAUUGGUAACUUAAUAAACCUAAACAUUUUGUACUUGAAUAACAAUCAACUUUUUGGUUUGAUUCCCAAGGAGAUAUGGAACUUGAAUCCUCUUGUAGAUCUAGGGUUGUCCCACAACAAUUUAAGUGGUCUCAUCCCUCCAAAUAUUGGUAACUUAAUAAACCUAAACACUUUGUACUUAGCUGAAAAUCAACUUUCUGGUUUGAUUCCCAAGGAGAUAGGGAACUUGAAAUCUCUUGUAAAUCUAGACUUGGACGGGAAUCAACUCAAUGGUUCAAUUCCAGUUUCAAUCGGUGACUUGCGCAACUUGGAAUUCUUAUUCCUAGGUGAUAACCAACUUUCCGGACCCAUCCCCCAAGAGAUAGAGAAUCUCAAGAAGUUGACUAGUUUGCAGUUGGGUGUAAACCAAUUUUCUGGUUAUCUGCCCCAAAAUAUUUGCCAAGGUGGAAAACUCACAUACUUUUCAGCAGAAAAAAACAAUUUGAUUGGUCCAAUCCCCAAAAGCUUGAAAAACUGCACGAGCUUAGUCAGACUCCGUCUUGAUCAGAACCAAUUGACAGGCAAUAUAUCUGAAGACUUUGGCGUUUAUCCGAAUCUUGAUUUUAUAGAUGUAAGCCAUAACAACUUGUAUGGAGAAAUCUCACACAAUUGGCAAAAAUGCCCAAAGUUGACAGCCCUACGACUUGCGGGAAACAACCUUACUGGGAGCAUCCCACCUGAGAUAGGCAAUGCAACCCUAUUACAUGAGCUAGAUCUCUCUUCGAAUCAUUUAGUUGGGUUGAUUCCAAUGGGAUUCGGGAGACUGACUUCUUUGGAGAGGUUAAUGUUGAAUGGAAAUCAACUUUCGGGUCGUAUACCUUCUGAAUUCGGAUCAUUGACUAGAAUGGAAAUCAACUGUAGUAUACCAUCAGUAAUGAGCAAUAUGGAGAGUUUGGUGACUCUCAAUUUUUCCCACAACAAUGUCCUUGUAUUUGCUCUCUUUACAACUGUCUUCGUAAUAGUGCAAAGAAAGAAGAAGCAUCAAGAUACUAAACAAACCCACAUGCAUGGAGAAAUUUCCUUUUCGGUUUUAAAUUUUGAUGGAAAAUCAAUGUAUGAGGAAAUCAUAAGGGCAACAGAAGAUUUUGAUUCCACAUAUUGCAUUGGGAAGGGAGGACAUGGAAGUGUCUAUAGAGUGAAUUUGUCAUCUGAAGACGUAGUGGCUGUUAAGAAACUACAUCCGCUAUGGGAUGGAGAGACAGAAUUUCAGAAGGAAUUCUUGAAUGAAGUAAGGGCACUCACUGAGAUAAGACAUCGGAAUAUUGUGAAGCUCUAUGGUUUCUGCGCACAUAAACGACACUCGUUUUUGGUGUAUGGGUAUCUUGAAAGAGGUAGCUUGGCCGCAAUGUUGAGCAAAGAUGAAGAAGCUAAAGAGUUGGGGUGGAGUAAAAGGGUGAAUAUUGUUAAAGGCUUAGCUCAUGCCUUGUCUUACAUGCACCACGAUUGCUUGCCACCGAUUGUACAUCGUGACAUCUCAAGCAAGAAUAUUUUGUUGGAUUCUGAAUAUGAGGCAUGUGUUUCAGACUUUGGCACUGCUAAGUAUUUAAAUCCAGACUCAACUAAUUGUACUGCUGCUGCAGGCACAUAUGGCUACAUGGCACCAGAGCUUGCAUAUACAAUGGAAGUGAACGAGAAGUGCGAUGUUUAUAGCUUUGGAGUUGUCACACUGGAAAUAAUUAUGGGGAGCCAUCCAGGAGAUUUUUUCUCAUCUUUGUCAUCCGGAGCAUCAUCAUCAUCCUCAUCUGCAUCACCUGCCCCUGAAAUGCCAAUUUCGGAAGUUCUAGACCAACGCGUCUCCCCACCCACAAAACAAGAAGCAGGGGAGGUGGUCUCUCUGGUGAAGAUCGCAUUUGCAUCCUUGAAUCCCAGUUCGCAGUGUCGUCCAACAAUGAAGAAAGUUUCUCAGCUCCUGUCAUCAACUCAGAGGCUGCAUUUGUCAAAACCAUUACAUAUGACAACAUGUGGUGAAUUGCUUGCUCUUGAUGGUUUCACUGCCUGAUCAGGGCAUGUGCUGCUUUUCAUUUGAGUCUGCCUUGUUCUAAUUCUUCUUAGAUGUUUGGAUUAUUGUAAUCUAUUUCAUGCCCACUUCUGUCUUUUGGGUUAUUAGUAUUUAGAAUAUUUUUCGUAAUGUAUGUAUGUAUCAAUUUGCCACCUAAAAGAUUAUGAAUAU